UGCAGCAGCAGGACUGACUGGGUUCUGAUGGGAUCCAGUUUGGGUUUUCCUGCUGCUGCCAGUGGGGAUGACAGGAAGUGAACCUCGGAUUCACUCUGUUGUUCUUCAUCCAUGGAUUCACCUGUUAGCAGGGCCCUGCGGGGCGGAAUCAACUACACUUCUGACUCCAUCAUCAGCCAGCUGAGCACCUCCUCACCUGUGGAGCCAAGGGUUGUUUCCAUAAUAACCAGCCUGGUGACCGCCGCCACUCAGGCUGCAGAGGGAACGACAGGGAACCUCUCAGCGCUCAGAGAGCAGAGGGGCAGCGAUCUCGGUGAUGCCCAUCAGAUAUCGUCAACGGCGGCAGUCCUGAGCGUCGCUGACAGUAACUCGGCUCUGCAGGGUGUUACGGUGGCGGCUCAGGCCCUGGUGCUCUUGUCCAUCUUCCUUCUCUCCAGCCUGGGUAACUCCGCGGUCGUCAUUGUCAUCGUCAAACACAGACAGCUCCGAACAGUGACCAAUGCCUUCAUCAUGUCACUGUCGCUGUCCGACUUCCUGACCGCCAUCCUGUGCCUGCCCUUCUCCUUCGUCAUGCUCUUCAGCAAGGACGGUGUCUGGAUGUUCGGAGACGCUUUCUGCGUCGCCAACGGCUUCUUCAACACUUGCUUCGGCAUCAUCUCCACCCUCACCAUGACGCUGAUCUCUUUUGAUAGGUACUACGCCAUCGUCCGGCAGCCUCAGGCUAAGAUCGGGUGUCAGAAAGCUGCCCAGCUGUUGGUGGCUGUGUGGGUCACAGCGGUGGUUUUCUCCCUGCCCGCGUAUCUACUGGUCCGAACACCAACAGACGUUCAUAAACCUGGUUUUUACCACUGUAUGUAUGUGUUCCACUCCAGCAGCUCCAGUGUGGGGACAGCGUACAGCGUCUGCCUUAUCGUGGUGUGCUACCUGGUGCCCUUUUCCCUUAUGUGCUUUUGCCAUUACAACAUCUGUAAGACCGUCCGACUCUCGGAGAUCCGAGUCAGACCCGUCACCACGUACGUCUACUUACUGCGGUUCUACAGCGAGAUGCGAACCGCCACCACAGUACUGAUCAUGAUAGUGUUCAUCAUCUGCUGCUGGGGUCCGUACUGUUUAAUGGGCCUGGUCACGGCCAUCGGGAACUACAGGUUCAACCCGGCCAUGGACACAGUGGCCAUCUGGCUGGCCUGGUCCAAUGGAGCCAUCAACCCUCUGAUCUAUGCCCUGAGGAACCCAAAUAUCUCCAUGUUACUGGGCCGCAGCAGGGAGGAAGGAUAUCGGACCAGAAACAUUGCUGCGUACCUCUCCAGCCAGAGCCGCAACCGAGAGGUCCGGCAUAACCAGACAGAGAGGAUCAGGGACCGCUACGUGAGCCGAGCGGGGAUGAACAACAGCCGGCUGUCGAGUUCCAGUCCCGGGAAAACAGGAGGAGAGGUAGCCAUGUGGGCCUGUAGGAACCCGGCCGUGUUCUUCUGCAGAGACACUCGGCUUGACACCAUGACGCCGGCCAACAUCGGAGCUGAGGUAAAGACCAAGACGGCGGAUACCAGCCUGUGA